AUGUCAGAAACGGCUCAAGUCAGCUCGCUUCCCUUACCGCCCAUGCAGUAUGUCACUCUUUUCAGUGAAGAAAACACUAAAAGAGGGCGAACGCCCAGACCACCUCCUCCGAUAACAGAUAAUUAUUCCAUGUUCGGCAAUCCAUAUAAUACAGACGAUGCUGUUAUUCGACCUCUUGAAAGCCAGAACAUAAGGCGACUGUAUCCCAACAAUUAUGACCACCGAAGAGAACUAAAAAAAUUGAAUCAUUCAAUAACUGCUAGUUUUUUAGACUUGGUUGAUAUCUGCAUUCGGAAUCCUGAAUCAGAAGCAAGAGCAACAAAAAUUGAUGACCUCACAUUACUAUUUAUUCACAUGCAUCAUUUGGUUAAUGAAUUCCGUCCUCACCAAGCCAGAGAAACUCUUAGGGUCAUGCUUGAGCAGCAAAAACGACAAAGAUUGGAAAUUGCUGAGCGUUUCAGAAGGCAUUUCGACAAAGCAUGGGAAUUAGUUCAACAGGCUAUUAGCACAAUCCCGGAACCAACAGAAAGCAACAUCAAGCUUCUUAUAGAUAUUGAAAGAGUUCAACCUUCAGAAGGCAAUUUAAACAAUCAAGCUUGUGGAAAUGGAUGUGUAGAGGAAGAUAGAGUCCUUUGUCAAAUCAUUGAUUUGUUAUGAAACUAUUCCAUGUUUAUUCACUGUGUGUAAUACAAUUGAUCCACUUGUCUUUUUUCAUACAACA